CACAUUCACUAUGAAUAACUCUGAUACAAGCAACUAGUUUUCUAAAAUUCACCAGAGGAUUCAGAGGGGAGGAAGGACGAGGUCACUCUGACAGAGUUGAGGAUGAUGGCCGAGGGGCGUUUUGCGAGUCUGCCCAGGUCGCUCCAUGCACAUCACGGCCUGGAGGGAGGCCCCGCCCACCCUGGCGCCCCCAGCAGCAGCUCCUACUCCUCCAGGAGGCUCCAGGCCUCGCUCGCCUCCUCCAUGGAUCUCCUCAGCUCCAGGCCGGGUUUUCCUCCGGGGCAGAGCGCUGGCCUCUCAGAGAUUCCCGCCGCCGCCUACCAGCCCGUCUCCAUCCAUGGGACCAUGCCUCGCCGCAAGAGGGGGGGGAACAACCUCGCCCUCGCCCACGGGAACUACACCUGGGACCCCAGAGCCAAUCACACGCAGGCGUUCGGUUGUGGGAACACGCCUUUGUCGCCCGGGCACGUCCAUCAGCCUCUGACUUCACCGCUGGUCCAGAACAUCCUGGACGACUUCCACGGUUACAGGGAGCCUGCUGCCGGCCCGGAUGCCACGGUGGACUACGUGAAGUUCUCCAGAGAUCAGUUCAUCCUGGACUGUCCUUCAGAGAAACUCCGCCGGGAGCUGGAGGAGGAGCUGAAGAUGAACUGUGAGGAGCCCAGGAGCCACGCGUGGUACCACGGAGCCAUUCCCAGACAGGUUGCAGAGAACUCGGUUCAGCGUGACGGAGAUUUCUUGCUCCGUGAUUCUCUUUCCAUCCCAGGAAGCUACGUUCUGACCUGCCAGUGGAGAAACGCCGCCCAGCACUUUAAAAUCAACAAGAAGGUGGUGAUGCUGAACGAAGCCUACUCCCGGGUGGAGUACCGUCUGGACAGAGAAGGCUUCGACAGCGUCCCUGCACUCAUCAGAUUCUACGUCGGCAACAGGAAACCGGUCUCACAGGUGGUCGGAGCCAUCAUCUUCCAGCCCAUCAACAGAGCUCUUCCCCUGCGCUGCCUGGAGGAGAAGUACGGCCUCUCCAGCACUCACCGGGACUCGCUCAUGUCCCAGGAGAGAAAGAGUCAGAAACGCCUCAGCCUCAACAUCACCAACGGACACACACACGACAACACGCACGCCGCGCACGACAACACGCACCAGGACAACGGCGUGGGCCGCAGCCGGCAGCUCAGGUUGAAGGAUCGCUGCGGCAGCCAACCAGCGAGUCUCAAUCAGGUCCAGGAGAGGCGACGCCCCCUCAAGGCGCACCAAUCAGAAAGCUUCUUACCUCUUGGAUGUAGACCUCAGCCGGACCCCCCCCUCCUCCCCAGCCCCAAGUCCCCGGUGUUCCGGACGGGCAGCGAGCCGGUGCUCAGCCCCUCCUUCCCCCGGAGAUCAGCCGAGCCUCUGGCAGGUCAGGUGAUCCGAGGCUCCGACAGCCAGCUGUGUCCCAAGCCGCCUCCCAAACCCAGCAAAGUGCCGCUGGCUCGAGUCCCUCGCCCGCCCGGCCUCGUGCCGCUGGGGCCCUCGACCGCCUCCUGCAACCACACAGACUCCUCCUCCUCCGUCUUCACCGCUCAGACUCCGGAUUCCACGUGGGGGGGGCCUCCAUCGCCCGGCUGGAGGAGCGGAGCUCCUCCUGUGAAGCCUCUGAAGUUUUCCCAGGGCUCCUCCUCCUCCUCCUCUUCUCUCCUCUCUCCUCCUGAACGGCUUCACUACCCGGACACCGACUCGGUGACGGGCCGGCUGCAGCCGAGCCCCCCCGACCUGAGGUCCUGCAGCUCGCUGGGGUGGGAGGAGCCUCCCUCUCCAGACUCCAUCACAGAGGACGGCCUCGCCCAUCAGCCGCCGCUCUGCAGCUACGUGGACCGGCUGAGGAGGGAGGGAGACGGCGAGGAAGAGGAGGAGGGAGGACGAAGAGGCCUGGACAGAAGCUCCUACCAUCACGCCAUCGCAGCCUUAGAGAACACCAGCGAGGAAGAGGAGGAGGAUGGGGAGGAGAGGAGGAGGAGGAGCAGCUUCCAGCGGCCGGUGGAGGAGACCGAGUCCAUGUUCAGACCGGCCGAGUUCGGGUCCCGCCUCCUGCCGCCGGAGAACAAACCUCUGGAGAUGGUCGUGCUGAAGAGAGCGAAGGAGCUGCUGCUCCGGCACAACCACCACAGCAUCGCCCGACACCUGCUGCUGGCCGACUGCCAGGUUGUCAGGAUACUCGGAGUGAGUCCGGAGCUCAAAGGUCAGAUGGGCGUGUCCUCGGGUCUGGAGCUGGUGACGCUGCCGCACGGUCGACAGCUGAGGCUCGACCUCAUGGAAAGACACCACACCAUGGCGAUAGGCGUUGCCGUGGAUAUUCUGGGAUGUACGGGCAGCGUGGAUGAGCGGGCGUCCACGUUAAACCGAAUCAUCCUGGUGGCGUUGGAGCUGAAGGACACGGUGGGCGACCUGUUCGCUUUCACCGCACUGAUGAAGGCUCUGGACCUGCCACAGAUCAGUCGACUGGAGGAGACGUGGACGGCUCUGAGACGCAACUACACCCAGACGGCCAUCAGCUACGAGAAGACACUGAGACCGUUCUACAAGAACCUGUACGAGGGCACAGCCUCCCCUCCCCCCGGGGUCUGCGUCCCCCUCCUGCUGCCCCUCCUCACCCUGAUGGAGCGCCCGUCAAUCACACCCGAGGGGGCGGAGCUGUGGGAGACCAGCGACCAGGGCUGUGACAUCAUGCUGCGCCACCUGGAGGCCGCACGCGAAGUCGCACACAACACACACAGCUACACAGCCAACGCACAGAAGCUCUUACAAGGGUUUCAGGCUGACGAAGACCUGCUGGAGGUUUUUAAAACCGACUUCCAGCUGCGGCUGCUGUGGGGGAGCCGCGGAGCCUCGGUCAACCAAUCGGAUCGCUACAGCAAGUUCACUCUCAUCCUCACCGCGUUGUCACGGAAACUGGAGCCCCCACCCAAAACUCAAACCUUGAUCUGAUAUAUGAAUAUACACUUGAGCGGGUCAACGUCAGCUGGAUCCAAGAACCAGAUGAAGGGAAGACAAAGUAGCCACUGAGGAACUCGUAUGAACUGAUGCAAUGAGAUCGACAAAAACACAAGAACCAGUCAAACUCAAUUUAACACCUUUAUAAAUAAUAAUUUGCUCUUAUUUCUCCUACACAUAAAAACCCUUUUUAUUCAUUUGGCCUUUUCAAAUCCACCUUAAAUACAGAAACUGUCUUAAAGCUCAAAUUCUCCUGGUUCCAUCUCGACAAAUCAUAUCACUGCAACAGCUUUAGAAAGAAGACUUGUGCCUGAAGUAUAAGUACAAGUAUAUAAUACAUAUUUCUUUUUAGAAAGCUGAGUGGACAUGUUUGUGAGCUCUGGAGCAUUUUGGUUCACAGACUCACUCGUUGUUUAAAUGUUAAAAUUAGAAAGCAGGGUUUAGAAUCUUAUAAAAAGAAAUUAACUUAUUUUCAGGCUUGUGCACAAAAACAAAAGGCCACAGGUUCAUAUUUCACGUCGGCCUUUUUCUGUCUGUGUUUCAGUUAAUUUUUGUAUUUAACUCUAUAACGAACCUUUUCUCCACAUCUGGAAACUGCUUUGAACUCUGAUCCGUUUGUUGCUGGUUUAACAAGCGAGAACAAAAAGAUGCAAUGAUGUGUCCUCGGAACCAGAGGACGACAAAGAACUACGAUUAAUCUCCUUUGGUUCAUUUACACACAGAAGCAGAAAGUCAGAUACUUGCAAAGAAUCAAAAAAAUCCAAACUCUCCGUUCAUGUGAAAAUUAAGAUUCACGUGUUUUUAUUCCCUGAAAUCUUUUAUUUUACAGUUACACACAUUAAAAAACAUGACUUUGUGCGUAUUGCCCAGGAGCAGAUUUGUAAACGUAUGUAAACAUGAGACUGAAGCUGUAAAUAUCUGAAGCGUGAGCGUGUUAAUAAUCGACUGUACAUAUUUUCUGUAGAAGACUGUAAAAAGAGAAGAUGUUAAUGAAUUCUAAUGUUUAUAUUAAAUAUGAAUGAUGGGGGUUAAGAUUGAAUAAAUAAGACGAAUGAACUGUGGAA